AUGGGGAAUUGCUCUCAACGAGCAGUAACCGACGGUGGUUCAGUCACCGUAAUUAGGACAGAUUCAAGAAACUUCAUGGAAGAAUAUUACAGAGGCCGGAGUCACAGCACAUUGCCAACAACACGUGAGAAAACCCUAGGGUACAUUGUUAGACAGGGUAUAAGAAGCCCUAGAAGAGAUGGCCCAAAGAUACAAAUGUCGCCGCGAAGAAGAAAUGGUGUGUGGAAAGCUAAAUUGGUGAUCGGAAGUAAACAGCUAGAAGAAAUUUUGGCAGUUGAAGGCAAUACACACGAUUUGAUUGAUCAGCUCCGGUUUGCUGCAGCAGAAGCUUUAGCUUCAACAUCUUCCUCAGAUAUGGCUGGAGUUAGAAACCUAUCGUUUCGAUCCCCUCGGAAAAACAAUGAGAACUACUUCUGUUAG